UUUUUGCUUUUUGUUGUUUUCGGAGACUAGAGGUUGAAGUGGAAGCUGAUCGGGUGUCUUCGGUGCUGCAGAUCAAUCUUCUAACGCCCGUUGACUCUCUGUGUCUGUAGAUAGAUUCAAAUGAGACCUCAUAUAGUAUUAUUUGGGGAUUCAAUAACAGAGCAAUCCUUCAGAUAUGGUGGAUGGGGUGCUUCUCUUACUGACACUUACUCUCGCAAGGCCGAUAUAGUGGUUCGAGGAUAUGGUGGAUACAACACUCGAUGGGCCUUGUUCUUGUUGCAUCACAUUUUCCCUCUGGGUUCUACCACCCCGCCUGUUGCUGCUACAAUCUUUUUUGGGGCAAAUGAUGCAGCACUUGCAGGGAGGACCAGCGAACGACAAUAUGUUCCACUUGAAGAAUACAAAGAGAAUUUGAGAAAAAUCGUUCGUCAUUUAAAGGAAUGCUCUCCCACCAUGCUAAUUGUGCUUAUAACUCCCCCACCAAUUGACGAAGAAGGGCGCAAAGAAUAUGCAACAUCUUUAUAUGGCGAAAAGGCAAUGAAACUUCCCGAAAGGACAAAUGAAGUUACGGGAACUUAUGCAAAUGGAUGUGUGGAGGUAGCCAAGGAACUCGGUGUUGCUUCGAUCAACUUAUGGUCCAAGAUGCAAGAAACACAGGGCUGGCAGAAAAAAUUUCUUAGUGAUGGCCUGCACCUAACACCAGAUGGAAAUGGAGUUGUUUUUGAAGAAGUUGUCAGAGCAUUCAAAGGAGCUUGGCUUUCCGCCACCGAAAUGCCUUCCGAUUUCCCUCACCACUCGGAGAUCGAUCCUCAGAGCCCUCAAACGGUUUUCCACCAAAGAUGCUUGUAAACCACAUCUCUACUCUGUAUGGGAUUUACCGAGUUUGUUUCGUUUUUAUGGUUUUAAUACCACAAUGAAUCGUUUUAUUUUACUCUUUAUGACAAGAUUCAUGAAAGAAAUACCUGUUUAAAGGUAUAUUAUCUUUUGGAAGGAAA